AUCCAGAGCUCUUCUGGGUCCUGCAGCUUUGUUUGCAGCAGGGUGAGGGUUUGGGGAAAGCAUCAGUGGGGGGGGGGAAUAGCAGGGAGCCUUCCUGCUCAUUUGUUUCUUUUCCUCCCCAGUGCACGAUGACGAGGAUGCUGCUGUCAACAGGAUUGCGUUGGAGCUGUGCACCUUCACCCUGGCCGUGGCGCUGGGCGCUGUGCUGCUGCUCCCCUUCUCCAUCAUCAGCAACGAGGUGCUGCUCUCCUUCCCCCACAACUACUACAUCCAGUGGCUGAACGGCUCCCUCAUCCACGGCCUCUGGAACUUGGUCUUCCUCUUCUCCAACCUGUCCCUCGUCUUCCUCAUGCCCUUCGCGUAUUUCUUCACGGAGUCGGAGGGAUUUGCUGGAUCCAAGAAGGGCAUCAUGGCCCGCGUGUACGAGACGUCGGUGGUGCUGCUGCUGCUGACGCUGCUGGUGUUGGGCAUGGUCUGGGUGGCCUCUGCCAUCGCCGGUAACGAUGCUGCGAGCCGCCAGUCCCUCUACGACCUCUGGGAGUGCUACCUGCCCUACCUCUACUCCUGCAUCUCGCUCUUUGGCGUGCUGCUCCUGCUGCUGUGCACCCCGUUUGGCCUCUCCACCAUGUUCACCGUCACCGGGAAGCUGCUGGUGAAGCCCCGGCUCCUGGAGGACCUGGACGAGCAGCUGAGCUGCACGAGGUUCGAGGAGGCUGCCGUGUCCCACAGGAUCGCGUCCGGCAGGGCUUCCUGCUGGCUGGACCUGAACGUGGCUCUGCUGCGGGAGCAGCUCCUCAGCAUCCAGAGCGAGAGGAAGAAGCUGGGUGAGGACGCUGCAGCGGGCUGCGGCCCCGGGGACAGCGGGGGGCUCCCGGGUCCCACCCGAGCGCGGAUCCCGGAGCCGUGGGUGUGA